UCCAAACGCUUAACAGACAUCACAAGCGACCAAUCACAUCUCAGCAUCUAAUACAGUGACCGCUCUGAGCCAAUCAGAGGCCGCGAAAAGAUGUUUUUCACUGUAUGGGGGGCGGGGCUUGAGGAUGAUAGACACGUCUAUGCUUUGAGCCCUGGCCAGAUUUUCUCAGUGUGUGGACUGUAGUAGUGGAGAGAUUUCUUUCUGGAGGCUGUGAUAAUUAUAUUUUGGAGGAGAACAAGAGCGAGAGGUUUGGGAAAGUCCCCCAACACUCAUCGUUGAGAAAUCACAUACAGGUUGACGCGUCGCCAUGACGACAGAAGCGGGCUCUGAGACCGAGGUGAAGGAGAAAGCCGAGGAGUCGGCCGCUCAGCCUGACCAAUCGGAGAAGGCCGCGGAAGAAACCCAGGAAGUAACCAGCGCUGAGGGAGAGGAGAAAGAGAAGGAGAAGGAGAAAGAGGGGAAAGAGGGAAAAGAGGGAAAAGGAAUAGCCCGAUACCUGCCGACAUGGCUUAAGAAGCAGAAGUCUCAGACCUCCCCGACCAAGGAGGUGCCACCCACAGAGGAAGCCGCUAUCAAGGUGACACAGGAAGAGGACGGGCCUGCCCCGGAAGUGAACGGUCACGCAGAGGAAGUGGAAGAGAAGGAGGACGAAAAGUCGGAGGAAGUGAAGGAAAAAGAAGCAGAAACUCAUUCCACCGCCAGCGCAGACACUGAGCCUGCCAAGGAGGAGAAGGUGGAGGAGAGUGCUGACAAAAUACCUGAGGAGACCACGGUGACAGCAGAGGGAGAGGGAGCAGAGGAGCAGAAGAAGGAGCCGGAAGGAGAGGCGGAAGGUGUAGAGGAGGGAGUAGGAGGAGGAGGUGGAGGAGAAGAAGCAACCCAGACCUCCAUUUUCCAGUCUCCUCUUCGUCUGGUGAGGAAGACCAAGAUGAAGCUGGUGGUGUGUCGCGUGAGCCUCCUGGACGGUACCGACUUCACCUGCGAGGUGGAGAAACGUGCCAAGGGCCAGUUCCUGUUCUUUAAGGUGUGUGAGCACCUCAACCUAAUGGAGAAAGACUACUUUGGACUCUCAUACACGGAUAACCAUGAACAGAAGUGUUGGUUGGAUCCCACUAAGGAAAUCAAGAGACAGAUACGCAGUAACAACUGGCAGUUUGUUUUCAACGUCAAGUUCUACCCUCCCGACCCCUCACUGCUCACUGAAGACAUUACCAGGUACCUGUUGUGUCUGCAGCUCCGUGAAGACGUGGCUUCGGGUCGACUGCCUUGCUCUUUUGUCACCCACGCUCUGCUGGGGUCAUACACACUGCAGGCAGAAAUUGGCGACUAUGAACCCGACCAGCCUCGGCCUCUGGACAGCGUCGGUCAGCUGACCUUUGCGCCCAAUCAGAACAAAGAGAUGGAGGAGAAGAUUCUGGAGCUCCACAAGUCUCACAGGGGAAUGACACCAGCACAGGCCGACACCCAGUUUCUAGAAAAUGCCAAGAAACUGUCGAUGUACGGGGUGGACCUGCACCAUGCUAAGGACUCUGAGGGCGUGGACAUCAUGCUAGGCGUGUGCGCCAACGGACUCCUGGUUUACAAAGACCGGCUCCGGAUAAAUCGCUUUGCUUGGCCCAAAAUCCUCAAGAUCUCAUACAAGAGGAACAACUUCUACAUUAAGAUCAGACCAGGAGAGACGGAGCAGUUUGAGAGCACGGUGGGAUUCAAACUCCAGAAUCAUCGAUCUGCCAAAAGGCUGUGGAAAGUCUGCGUGGAGAAUCACAGUUUCUUCAGGUUAAACGCACCAGAACCUCCCACCAAGGCCCGCUUCUUGACUCUGGGCUCCAAGUUCCGUUACAGCGGGCGAACCCAGGCCCAGACCCGCGUGGCCAGCUCCCUCAUAGACCGACCCGCGCCCAACUUUGAACGCACCUCAUCCAAACGUAUCAGCCGCAGUCUGGAUGGAGCACCGUUGAUCAGCAUAACUGAAGCCACAUCUGAGAACGGACGUGAUCCCCACCUGGAGCUCCACUCUGACUCUAAGGUUAAGGAGGUGGACUUAAGCCCUGGUGAUGCGGAGGCCUCGCCCACCCAGUCACUCGGAGCCAGUGAGCUCGCCCUCUCUCAGGACCAUGAUAAGACCCAAGAAGACGUUCUGAAACACCAAGCUAGCAUUAGCCAGCUCAAACGCUCCUUUAUGGAGGCGCCGCCUCCCUCUCCUCCUCAGCCCAACCAGUGGGAGAAACGUCUCACCUCCUCUCCCGCCACAACGAUACGUAUCCAACAGCAACAGCAAGUGAGCCUUGAAGAGGAGAUAGCUUCUGUACUCCUCAGUAGACACUCUGGCACUGGCUUUUGUUCAGCUCUGUCAGCCUGCAGUAUUCCCGAACCAACUCUAGAUGCCGAUAUAACCACAUCUACUACUUCCACCGCUGCUCUGCAUGGGCUUCUUAUUCCCCCAACUGCUCCACUCUCUGCAACCGAGGAGAGUGAGCCCCAAACGGAAGCAGCUGCUGCCGAUAACACGAUCUCUGACACCAAAGAACCUGCAAAGACAACCGAAGUCGAAAUCGAAGAAACCGUUGUCGUCCAAGAGGUUUCCAUAGCGCCCAAACCUGGACUUGUCACGGUUACGACCAGCAACCCUGCCGGUCCGCCUGCAGAGCAGGAAACCACAAGAGAGCAGGAAGUAACGGUCGAAAAGGAAGUAGUGGUAGCGGAGGAAACAAAAGCGGCGAAGCAGGAGAGCGUUUCAUCUGAAAGCGAGAGCGAAGAAGAAGCGGAGUACCAUCCGAAUGUCUCCAUCUGCCAUACGCAAAUACCAGAGGAGAAGGAAGAGGAGGAAGAGCAGCAGGAAGAGGAGAAGACAGCGGAGGAGCAGGUUGACUCGGCUACAGAUGCUCCUUCCCUUACAGUUACAGUCAGCCAACCUGUAGAGGAAGAAGAGUCCAGGAAAGAGGAUGCAGAGAAGAACGCAGAGGAGGAGAAAAAAGCUGAGAGGGAGGCAGAAGAAAGCAUCGACGAUCCGAUGAUAACACCUGACGAAGCUCCUAACGGUCACGCCCUGCUGCCCGAGGAGAGCGUGACCGGGACGGUCGCCACCGAGGAGGAAGAGGAAGAGCCUAAAAUGAACGGAGAAGCCUCUCUGGUCGAAGCAGAGCACCGGCCACAGGUUAUUUGUUGCUCUGAGCCACCCGUGGUAAAGACAGAAAUGGUGACUAUAUCAGACACCUUUGCAGCCCAGAAAACUGAGAUAGCUACAAAAGAAGUGCCCAUCGUACAUACGGAAACCAAGACCAUCACAUACGAAGCCGCACAGUUGGAUGGUAACGGCGAAGGCGAGCCCGGCGUGUUGAUGACUGCUCAGACAAUCACCUCUGAAUCUCUGUGUACCACCACGACCACACACAUUACCAAGACGUUAAAAGGCGGCCUAUCAGAGACGAGGAUCGAGAAACGCAUCGUCAUCACUGGUGACUGUGAUAUCGACCACGACCAGGCACUGGCCCAAGCCAUUAAGGAGGCCAAAGAGCAACAUCCUGACAUGUCUGUUACCAGAGUGGUGGUUCAUAAAGAAACUGAACUGGCUGAGGAGGAGGAUUGACUGAACUCAGAGCUGAAGGGCCCAUCGUGACAGUUUUCUCUUACGUCGAACGACCUCCCAUCACCCUACGACAACCAACCUUGACUGACUGAAGAGGAGGAGGAGGAGAAGAAGAGCUGAAAGACAGAAGGAGAAGUGUUAGACAAACGGGAGAGUCUUUCUUACAUGUCUGUGGUGCGUCUGAAUCCCUCACUCCAAAAACCAAGAAAAUGAAAAAUAACAUCCCCGCUCUUUCACGAGGGAACAAAAAAGAACCACUUUGUUAGCUUAACAUUUGUAGCCUGUUUUUAUUUUUUAAUAGUGCUUUUCUUUUCUUUUAACUGUUUUACAAAAAAGAGAGGUAGUGUCUGUCAUGUAUUGCAAACUUAAAAAGCUACAGGGAUGCACUGAUAACCAAUCCUGAUGAGAUGCAAACGAUUAUCAUAUCGUUGUACUGAUUAAUUCACCAGUAACUGUGACCUUCAAUAACUCAUUCACUCACUUACAAAACAAAUGUAGCUUUUUUUUCAUUGAUAAAAAAAAGAUGCAGGCGAUCUCAAAUAGAGAACGCGUUUUUUUCUUCAUCAUUUUUGUCAAAAAGUAAUUCAUUUGACGCUUAAGUUUUGUACUUUUUUUUGUACUGUAUCAACAGUGGAAAAGUGGUAUUGGUGCAUUCCUAAAAAAAUAAAAAAAAAAUAAGUAAUUUGUUAAAUUACAGCUCCCUCCCUCACUUCGUUAUGUUGUAAAUGGAGAGUAAAAUAAUAUAACAGUGUAACAGAAUCAGUCUUACUUAUUAUUAAAACACAUUCACAGUGAAAUGAUCAGUAGAACCAGCCGUGUCACAUUAUCACAUUUUAUUACUAACAGUUACAGAAAACAGGGAGCUGUAACUUAAAAUAAAUCAACAAUCAACCAGGUUUUUGAAUUUCUAUGAUUCUGUCUUGUUUUUUUUUCUGUAAGUAUAGUUAUUAUUCAUCCACAUUCCUCGUGUGUUGACUGGCGGCGGAGUGAGUUCAUUUUCAGUUCAAUUCACUUUUUACUCUAAGAAGAGAUGACAUUUUACCAUUUUACAGUAGGUGGGAAUCUUAAUUAAGCCCAAUGAUGCAGGUGGAAUUAAUUCUGUAAGUUUUACUGUAUUUUAUAAUUCAUUUUUUUUACUAAAUGGACUGAAAAUGAACUGACUUUAAAGCUGGUGUAUACAACUUUCUGUACAGUAAAGAUGAAGGUUAUUAGAUUGGGAGCAGUAAUGCAGCUUUUUUUGCAGUAGCUAAACGCUCUCCCUGGGCCCGCCCACUGUACGACACUAGCCAUUCCUAUUGGGCCACAGGGAAGCAGUAAACUGACUUGUGAUUGGGAGAGAGGACCAGUGAACUGAAGGAUAAUUGGGAGAUUAGAAGUGGCGCCGUGUAGCGUCCACUAACAACUUGGGAGUGAAAAAGAAUUAGAUGCAUGUUGGCCUGUUUCACUCGUGUUAUUUUUUGCAUCCUGAAGUGAGUUAAAGCUGUUUUAAUAUUCUUAGGGGGCAAUGCUUAAUACACAAUCUGUAAUUUAAGCACAGGUACCAAAAUGAGGACUCACAGUUGGAACAACUUGAAAAACUGAUUUGUCCCAAAAAUUCAUAAUAAUGGGAUUUCUACCAGUUUGCUAACUCUGCAUCAGAGCCUGUUUGUCGUCGUAGUUCAGCACUUAAUUUCACUCCCAGCUUCUUUUCGUACCAGACUAGAUAACGCCAACAAACCCUGCUAAGAUAUAAUGAGAUCUGGGAUUCAAUUCAGCAUGUCUUCACACAUUUGUUUAUCUUGCAAGAGCAUCUUGAGUGAGUCUAGAUAGAAGGCUACUGUGUUGAUUGGUUUUGAGAGUGUGUAGAUGACAGAUUAUCUCAGCUCAUACAGUACGUCUAGAUGAGAUUAUCUUCGACCCGACGCCAGCCGUGUUGUAACUGUUUUCACCGCAACCAAAUAUUCUUCCGCAUUAAAGUGAUUUUAUAUGUUUUUGAUUUGUUUCAAAAUUACAUUCAGUCGUGUGUAUUACACACAAAAACACUUUGCCGGUACACUACAAACACACACACACACGUGGAAACAGUUACAACACAACAGUGAAAUGCAUCUUAAAGGGAAGUGUAUCCGAGGGUUUGAAGUGCUCUUGAAACCCCCAAAUGGAAUGCUUGUGAUGUUUUAUUCAAUCGUCGGUGUCCUUUUACCCAAAUGUUCCACAAAAAUGUGACUUUGUGUGUAAAUAUUAGUCGCAUUAAAUGGGUUAGAACGAGGCGCUCGGUCUGACGCAUUUAGUCGACACAGAUGUUCAGUGUGAGCUGCACAAAACAAAACACAUUCUCCUGAAAUUUAACUGUUUUGUAAGCAAAGAAGUGCCACAGAUUAAUAUGAAAACAUUCCACCCGUACCUGCCUAGAUCUAUCUUAACCCUCCAAUCUGACUGGAUUAUGGAGGGAUUUUGAAUUGGAGUUUUUUUUUUUUAUUGAAGAAAUAUUAACAUAUUCUCCACAUUUGAAAACAGGUUAAGGCUUUUUCUUUCUGGGCUGAUGCACGUCCAGACAGUGGAGUGGUAUUGUCUAGGCUUUCUAUUGGGAAACACUGGUCUGACCUCUACUAUGCAGCAAAAUUACAUUCCAGAUGAGGGGAAAGCUUUAACCUUUAACCCUCUUUGCAAAGAGACAAAAAGCAGCAGAAAAACAUUUUAAAAUAAACCGUGCAACACGAGGCAGCUUGUUCCAAAACUUUUCAAAAGCAUCGGUUACAUCACAACAACUAUAUUUGUAGAUUUUUCUCAUAAUUCGUUGUCUUUUUUCUCUGUGAUCUAGUUGUCGAAAGGUGGGAUUUUAAUGUGCGCCCUCUUGGUAAUUUUUAAUAUUGUAACAGUGUUUUUGACAUUGAAGGAACACCACUACAAAUCAAAUUUUUCUGCCACCAUUUCUUUUUUUGUACUUUUAGUCCCAGGUUUAACCUCUUUUCGGGGGUCUCUGGGCUCUGUUUUAACCAAUCACAGGAGCUUUGGGGGGGGCUGCCAGGUCUGGUUUUCCAAAAUGUUGGUAGCGCUAAAUUUUUAAUUGAGGUUAAUACAAAAAAAUACUAACACAAAUGAAUGUCUGACCAUCAGUAACUUUUAUUAAGAU